AGUUAUCAAGCUUUCUGCUUGAUGAUUCUCUCUCUCUCCCCCUCUCUCUUAGCAUCUGGGGUAUUUCAGUGUUUCUUCCAAGAUUUGAGGUAAGAAGAUGGAGCAGUGCAAAGAGAGGAAGUUUGUGUGUAAGUUCUGUAGCAAGAGGUUCGCUUGUGGGAAAUCACUAGGAGGUCACAUCAGAACUCACAUGAACAAUGAGAACUCAGUUGAUUCAGACGAAGAUGAACACAACAGGUUCAAAACCGAAGAAAAUGGAGGUCAGUCUAGUUACGGCCUGAGAGAGAAUCCUAAAAAGAACAAGAGGUUCGUGGAUCAGAGAGAGAUGAUGGCUAUGAAGCAUCAGCAGCAGCUUCUUCGUUGCAGAGAAUGUGGUAAAGGUUUCGUUUCUUCCAAAGCUCUCUGUGGUCACAUGGCUUGUCACUCUGAGAGAGAGAAGAUUGUGAUGGAUAGUCAAUCUGAUACUGAGGCUUCCUCGUCUCCUAUCAGGAGAAGAUCCAAGAGAGUUGUGAAACACCACCACAAGGCUGAUGAUGCUUUUGUAGAUGGUCAAUCCGAUUCAGCAUCUUCUGAUGCUUCUGAGAUUGAGCCGGAACAAGAGGAGAUGGCAUUGUCUCUGAUGAUGCUCUCUAGGGAUUCAAGUUUCAAGAAAGGUCAUAACUUGGUGGUGAACUCUCUGGCUGAGUCAUCUGACAACAACUCUGUGAUUCUUGAGACUAAGUCAUCUUCAGGAGAACAGCUAAAGAUGGUCAAUGUGAAGAAUGUUGAGGAGUCUUGUAAGAAGGAAAAACAUGGAGGAGUGGAUAAUAACCAGUUGAGAUAUGGCGAGGAUAAUGGUGAUAUCCUCUAUGAUUCAGAUAACUCUGAUUCUGGCUACUUCAGGAAUGGACCAAAGAAGUUGGACUCAGAUGUUUCUGUUGAUGGAUUGUUCAGGAACACUGGAUUUGAUAACAAGUCUGUGAUGAGAUUUGGAUCAGGAUUAAACAGCUCCACAACAAAACAGGAUAAGAACUUGAACAGAUUCAGGAAGGAAUGGUCAGGGUCAGGAUCAGGAUCAGGUCGUUCUUCUACAAAGUAUGAUCUUAGGAAAAGCAAAAGAGGGUUUCCUUGUUAUGGUCGAAAGAAAAUCAAGUAUGAGUUCACAGAAUCUGUCUAUGACAGUGGUGAGCAUAGCUUGGAAACUGAUUCUUGUGCGGACACAAACAGAACAAUCAAGAUUCAUAGUAAAUCACCAAUGGUGGUUAAGAAACCAAGUGGAGGUUCAAAGAAGAAAAGCAAAGGUCACGAGUGUCCGAUUUGCUUCAGGGUGUUCAAAUCAGGACAAGCUUUAGGUGGUCACAAGAGAUCACAUUUCAUUGGAAAUCAAGAACACAGGACUUUGGUGAUCCAACACCAAGUAGCUCAUGAGAUGCAUACACUCAUUGAUCUCAAUCUUCCUGCUCCUAUUGAUGAAUGAAUCAAUCCGUAGUAUCUAAAAUCCGCGAUUUUGUUCUCAUUUUUUUUUUCUUCUCUGCUUUAUUUUUACUUAUUUUGGCUUCAGAUUCAAGAUUGCU